AUGUUUCUCUCGAGCUUCAGUUGUUGGAAGUGACGAGUGAGGAAGAAGAUCAACGCUGAAUGGCGCGUGAAGAUGAGACACGUGGCGGAUUAGCGAACGCGGGAAUAGUGAGUGAGACUGUUCUUCUGCU